GGAAUCCCCUUGGAGGAAAUGUAGACUCAGGCUCAGCACACAGGGCUCAGUAGGCAACCUACACCCCUGAAACAUCCACGUCCCUACUGCAAACAUUUCACUUUGUCACUCCAACAUGAAGGUCUCCAGCAUAGACUGUCGCCGCCUGAGGAAGAUCAUACGAAAGGAGUGUGGAAGUUGUCUGAUUGUGGACUGUAGACCGUAUUUCUCGUUCUCCAGCUCCAGUAUCAGAGGCUCCGUCAAUGUCAACUUGAAUUCAGUGGUGGUCCGGAGGUCCCGCGGCGGUCCGGUGCCUCUACAGUUCAUCAUCCCGGACGAGAAAGCACUGCUUCGGCUCCGCGAGGGCAGCAUCUCCGCCGUCGUGGCUCUGGAUGACCGCACACCUCAUUUACAAAAACUGAAGAAAGACAGUAUUGCUCAGAUUGUCAUUAAUAGUUUGUCGCACUUGGCGAGUAGCGCGAGCAUCUGCUUCCUGAAAGGAGGCUACGAGAACUUCCAUUCCCAUUACCCCGAGCUUUGCACUGAAACCAAGUCUGUGGAUCUGAGUGAAGACAAAAGUGAAAGAGGCGUCAGCAGCCACUGUGACAAACUGAGUUCUCACCACAAACCGGACUAUGAUCAGGGACAGCCGGUGGAGAUCUUGCCUUUCCUAUACCUGGGCAGUGCCUAUCACGCCUGCAGACAGGACUAUCUCAGUGACCUCCGCAUAACAGCGCUGCUGAACGUCUCACGCAGGGACUCGCGGCCCGCCAAAGGGCAGUAUGACUACAAAUGGAUCCCGGUGGAGGACAGUCACACGGCAGAUAUCAGCUCACACUUCCAGGAGGCCAUAGAUUUUAUUGAACGUGUGAAAGCAGAGGGAGGUAAAGUGCUGGUCCACUGCGAGGCUGGAAUCUCUCGUUCUCCCACCAUCUGCAUGGCGUACAUCAUGAAAACCCAACGGUUGCGCUUGGAGCAGGCCUUUGACGUCAUCCGACAGCGGCGUGCCAUCGUCUCGCCCAAUUUCAGCUUCAUGGGUCAACUACUGCAGUUCGAGUCGGAGGUGGUUUCUUCCGCGCCUCCGUCCAUCACUCCUGCCGCUCAAGAGACGCCCACCUUCUUUAGUGGUGACUUCACACUCGAAACGGAGAACUUUGAGUCCUCAGUUUUCACCUUCCCUACCUCCUUCCUGACACCAGUGCCCAUCCAGUCAUCGGUUCACCAGUUCAAACUGAGUCCAAUAACUGCGCUGCCUUAAAAUGGCUGCCUGACUCAUCGCAGUCUCAGCGUACUUGAAAAAUAACGGACGGGCGAACUGAAAAAAGCAAUGGACUAUCACAGGGAAUAAAAAUGCUUAUGUUUUCAUAUUAAAAAAAAAAAAAAAAAAAAAAAAAAAAAAAAGAUUCAUGGAAGACAGUGUUUGCUUUUUGAUUUUGUUUGCCUUAGAGAAAACCACUGCACAAUGAUUACACUGCAAUACCUGCCUUAGCUCGAUGACGUUCUGCCUAUCAACAGCGCCUAGCUGGGCAAAUUAAAUUAUUAUUAUUUUUUAAACCGUUUCUUUUUUUAUGAAUUGUGGAUCUGUUAAUAAACAUUUUUACAGAAGUGUCAAA